CUCCCCUCAUCGACUUCACAAAUGAUAAACAUUGCCAUCACCCAAAUGGGUCUCUUCUUGGCUUUAGCUCUUGGGUGAUUCUUGUAAUGGUUCCAAAGCAUACCCCAGCGAUCGAUACAUAACCCAACUCUUUCUUGUUCAUAUCCUUUUCGUUAGAAGUAGUUGGCCUUCUGCUGAUUUCCCUUCUAAAAGCGCUUCCAAGGAAAGGUUUGCAAGCUUUAUAUAGCUAAUUAGACAAGUUAUCCAUUCUGAUGAUCUAGUUUUUCGAUUCCUUUUUGAUGUAGAGAAAGGCCAGCAAAUUAAGGGACAUCAUUUCCUAGACGAUGCAUCACCAGUCUGAGUACUUCGGUCCUCAUGAAGCCAUGAGCAUCCAAGGAGGAGCAGGAGCUUUUGGUGGCCUUUCUCAGAGUAACACCAUAAGUCACUCCGACCUCGCACUCAUGGGGGGUAGCAGCAGCAGCAGCAGCGGCAACAGGAACAACCUGGAGGAGAAACUGAGGCUCUUCAGGUUCCUUCAUGAAGAUCCCAACGUUCACCACCCCCACUCUGCCAUGGGACUCGAUCUCCACUUCCAGCCAGGUCUCGACCCCAGAGCAGAUAUCGCCACCACCAAUCUCAUGCAAGCUAACAACAACCAACCCUACUUUGAUCCCACCACCCCCUCGAAUCCUUGGGUGAUCGGGAUGCUGAAUCCUGGGAACUUCCACUAUACAGCCGAUAUGUUCUUCGGCGAGUUGCCACCAGACAGCACGUCGACAGGAUCGACCAUUUUGCACGAUCCGAUGGUGCACUUGGAUUUCCCCAGCCAGCCAUCGCUUGUGAAAGAUGUCCUCAACUCGCUGCCCCAUGACACUGGGUUUUUUCCUGGGUCAAAUGGGGUUGGUGAGUUGGAGGAUGGCUAUGCUGGCCAGCUUGGGAGACAGCAGUCAGAUAAGAAAAGGAAGAAAGGAGUUUCCAGACAGGUGGAAGAGGCUGGGAGCUUGAAAAAUGAGAAGCAAAGGAGGGAAAGGAUUACCAAAAAAUACGAUGAUCUCAAGUCGCUGAUACCAGAUUCGACCAAGCAAGAUAGAGCCAGCAUCAUCGCCGAUGCGACCGACUACAUAAAUGAGCUGCUAAGAACGGUCAAAGAGCUCAAGAUACUGGUUGCAGAGAAAAGACACAGAAGAGAGUGGGGCAAGAAACUGAUCGUGGGAGAUGGAGUAGAUGGAGAUGUGGAGAGCUCCUCUAUAAAACCUUUCAUAGAUGAUGGAGAUCGUGCGUUCAGGGGAUCUCUGAGGAGCUCAUGGAUCCAAAGGAAAUCUAGGGAGACAUUUGUGGAUGUCCGCAUCAUCGAGGAUGAGGUUUAUAUCAAGCUAACUCAGCGUAAGAAGAUGGAUUGCUUGGUUGUUGUGUCGCAGGUCCUGGAUGAACUGCAGCUUGAGCUCCUCCACUUGUCAGGUGGAAAUAUUGGAGAUUCUCACAUCUUCAUCUUCAACACCAAGAUCCAUGAAGGUUCUUCAGUUUAUGCAAGUGCGAUAGCAAAGAAGCUGAUUGAAGUUUUGGAUGUGCCAUACCCACCUUUACCUGUUAGCUUCUAGGGUUUGGAUUUCAAAUAUCGUAUUUAAGCUUUUGCUUCAAAGUUGGGUGAAGGGAAUAUGCAUGAGUUGGUAGGAGUACCGUGGAUAGAAGUUGGCAGGUAAGACUCGGAAUCUCUUUUCAGAGAAGGGCUCUGAUAUUACAACUACAGUACAAUUUAUUUAUGCACCCUCAUAUUACUCGUCUUGUAAGCUGGUUGCUAGUCUCUCGAACUGCUUGAGAUGAAGACAACAAGUUAAUGACAUUGAGUGUUUGAAAUAUAUAUAUAUAUAUCCCUCAAAGAAAAGUAUCA